CUCAGUUGUAACACAUGGGCUCGUUUUUCAGUUCUUGUGGUUACUUGGAAUUACUUAUCUAAAUGUUACAUGGUUUUAAACGUAUCCUCAAAGUCUGUUGUUGUAAAAAGACACUUGGAAGUAUACGGGCUACCGCUGCAACUAUGUACUUCCGAAACGCGUUUGCUACGAGUUCGCGUUAUUCGUGCCCUGGAUCUUAUGAAAAAGGAUAUAUUUGGUGCAAGUGAUCCAUACUGCAAGCUGUGUGUAUAUAAAACUCAGCGGUCAACAUUACCUGUCUGUACACCAGUGCCAACAAGAACCGUUAAGCGUUCUUUAAAUCCUAUUUGGAAUGAAGAAUUUAUAUUUAGAGUCAAUCCAUCUGAAAAUCGUUUAGUUUUCGAGUUGUACGAUGAGAACAGAAUUACAAGAGAUGACUUCUUGGGCGUCGUUACUGUAUUUCUGCCUUAUUUGGAAAUUGGUACUGAAGGCUCCGGUUCUCGAAUAAUGGCGAAAAGUUUCUUGUUACGUCCUCGAAGCUCUCGGUCCCGUGUUCGAGGCAAUCUGCACUUGUAUUUGGCCUACUUACCGAGCCAUUUAAAUCCACGAAUAUCAUCUCUCCGUGAAAUUCCUGCUAUUGUUGAAUUGUCAUCUGAUCAAAGGCAUAGUGAAGGUCACAUCUCGCCUAAUCAAGUUUCUUCACAUCGUUCUAGUUUACAAACACAGUCUUCCCACAGUCCUGGUAUUUCUACAGCAUCUGGUACUGCAGAAAAUGGUACUGACAGUUGUGUACUUGUUAGAAAUACACCUAUAGAAAUGGAUGCUGAAAGUGUUACUGAAAGUGUUGUUGGACCAAUGCUAUCCACAUCAUUAGAUGAAAGUUCUUCAGUAGAAAUGGUAUCAGAUCCUCUACCUCCAGGUUGGGAUGAAAGAGUGGAUCAGAAUGGACGUACAUAUUAUGUGGAUCAUGUGAAUAAACGUACACAAUGGGAUAGACCUUCAUUUCGAUUACCACAAGGCUGGGAGCAACGAACUGAUGCCAAUGGUCGAGUUUAUUAUGUGGAUCAUAUAAAUCAUAGAACUACAUGGUAUCAUCCUUUGUCUGAGGGAUCUCGGCUACAAGCAUCACCUCCACAUUCAUCUACCAGUCCAGAUACAUUUAACGAUGGUGAUGAACCACCUGCUGAAGGAGAAGUAGCUAACGGAGAUGGUGAACCUGAACCGGAAUACCAUGCCAAUGCUGAAGCAUCGAAUAGUCCAAGCGAAAAUCAAGAAAAUCAUUCACCUGACCCUGAAGCUGAACCAUCUCCAACGCAUACAAAAGUAACCGAUUCAAGAUCUCAAGUACACGGUAACAGUGGAUCAUUGCGAAAUAAUAAUCCUCGUCAAACACGACGUAGUUUAACUAUAGCUGAAAGAAUACGUGCAAGAAAUGGAAUAAAUUCAACAGCAGCAGCAGCUCGUUGUUUAGCGAAUCGUCAAAAUGUCAUAGAUGAAGUACGCGCUGCACAGACUAUGUAUAUGAGGCGGAGACAAGUUAGCCAUGAAGAUACUGUAUCCCGUGUCCCCAUAAAUCUAGAUGCUUCUCCCGCCAAUGCCCCAAAUUCUGAACCGAUUCCACCAAUAUCUUCAAAUUCUGCUGAAAGUGAUAAUCAACAGACGACAACAAUAGACUCAUCGUCUAGUUCAGCUGGGCAGACUACCUCAUCAACAGCUGGUGCUGGUGGUGGUGAGUCGAAUCAACAAGAAGGAGAUAGUACAGAUAGUGGAAAUAGAAGAAUUGGUGAAAUUGUUUUAGGACUGAAUAUUGCACCAGGCGAGGAACCGUUGCCACAAGGUUGGGAGUUGGCAAGAACAGCUAGUGGUCGUAAAUUUUUUAUCAAUCAUAAUGAACAUACUACGACUUGGGAUGAUCCUAGAAUUACUCGAUCAAAUAAUCAACUGAUUAAUGGUUCCCUAUUGACACAUGAAGCUCAACGGCAUUUAAUGAAAGACUUGGGUCCACUACCGCCUGGUUGGGAGGAACGUGUACAUAGUAAUGGUCGCAUCUUUUAUAUUAACCACAAUGCCCGAACUACACAAUGGGAAGAUCCACGGCUGGAACGACUGGGUGGUCCAGCUGUCCCGUAUUCAAGAAAUUAUAAACAAAAAUAUGAUUACUUUCGAUCAAGACUUAAAGCACCACGUGAUCCACAGGCGAAAUUUGAACUGCGUGUCACUCGAGCGGGUAUUUUUGAAGAUUCAUUUCGACUUAUUUAUGGGAUUAAAAGACCAGAAGUUCUUAUGCAUAGAUUAUGGAUUGAGUUUAUCGGUGAGAAAGGCUUAGACUAUGGUGGUGUACAGAGAGAAUGGUUUUUCUUAUUAUCACGUGAAAUGUUCAAUCCUUAUUAUGGUCUAUUCGAGUAUUCAGCUGCAGAUAAUUAUACCCUCCAGAUCAAUCCACUCUCGGGUGUAGCUAAUGAAGAACACUUAAAAUAUUUUAAAUUUAUUGGUCGUGUUGUCGGUAUGGCAGUAUAUCACGGUAAACUGGUGGAUGGAUUUUUCAUUCGACCUUUUUAUAAAAUGAUGCUUGGUAAGACAAUAUCACUGAAAGAUAUGGAAGCUGUUGACUCUGAGUACUAUCGAAGUCUGAAGUAUAUUCUGAAAGAAGAUCCUGCAUCGCUAGAUUUAUCAAUGUCAGUUGAAGAAGAGCAUUUCGGUGAGACUGUUGAAGUGGAUCUUGUUAAAGACGGUAGAAAUAUUCGUGUGACAAAUAGUAAUAAAACGCAGUAUAUAGAACGCAUCAUAAAUUGGCGGUUUGUAUCACGUGUAGAAAAACAAAUGUGCGCAUUUCUUGAAGGUUUCAGUGAUUUGAUACCUCUGGAAGCAUUGCAGAUAUUUGAUGCUAAUGAAUUAGAAUUAUUAAUGUGUGGUCUACAAGAUAUCAGUGUAACCGACUGGAAAGCUAACACUCUGUAUAAAGGCGAAUAUCAUGCAAAUCAUCCUGUGAUUGUGAAUUUAUGGAAGGCUAUUUACACAUUCACCAAUGAAUUAAGAAGUCGACUAUUACAAUUUGUCACUGGAACAUCACGUGUACCAAUGAAUGGUUUCGCUGAGCUAUGGGGUUCAAGUGGACCACAAAAAUUCACUGUUGAAUGUUGGGGCUCUGUAGAUCAACUGCCUCGUGCGCAUACAUGGUAUGUUUAACUUAUUGUUUUUGUUUACUGUUUCAUUUCGGAGAGAGAGAGAGCAUGGGGCGUAAAAAAAAAUAGAUAAAAAUGUUUACUUAAUUAUUUUUUGUAACGAUAGAAUAGAAGAGUGGUUGGUAAUAGAAUGUUUAUUUUAGAUAAAGCAAUAAGAACAUGUAAUUUGUCUGAAUCGUGUAUUGUUGUAUUUGCGCAACACAUUUCGAACAAUCUGAUCACCCACGGACUUGUCAUAGGAAUAUGUAUAUAUGAAACUAAUAAGGAGUUAAGAGAUGAGAAAAUAGACUGCUUAGGUCAAGUUAAAAGGACAUAUUCAAGGUCAAAAUAACUAUGAAGAUCAUCACUAAACCAAAUAUUAGAGGUAAUAAUACAUUUGUUAUGGUAUCAAAAGAAAGUUUACUAAGAAAGGUUCAAUGUGAUGACGAAUUGUUUUUGAAUGCAUAAAGGCGGUUUAAACUUUCUAAUUGCCAGCUAGGGCUUCCACAAACUUCAGAAUACACCCCAAACACGUUUUUAGAUAGGUUUAAAAGAUCUGUUA